GUGGAUGAAUGGCUUCACUGCCGCGUCUCUAUUCGCGGCCAGCAGCUGUAUCCUUUCCGCGGUUGCGUUGCAUGCCUGGAUGCAGCCGCCAAAGAAGAAGCAACAAAAUCAAGAACCAGUUGUACGCUCGACGCGCUCGUUCAAUCAGUGUGACAGAUGCCAGAAGACUCUGGAAGAUCGAGAGAGGAGUUGCGCAAUGGCGCUGUGCGAUGCUUGUUACGACUCCUUUGGCGGAGAUGGACUGAAUUUCAAGAGGUUUGCCAGGAAAGUCCUCGUCACUUUUUGCAUCAUUGCCGGGCUACUUGAGGUCAGCAUGAAUGCCGCCGUUAUCGCAGCGUUUCAGCCAAUUGCCGUGCAGCAGUUUGGUUGGGGCAAUGACAGCAUUGCCGCAGUGAACUUUGCUGGUGCAGCCUUGUCCGUCGUGGUGUCUCUGUCAAUGGCGCAGCUUCGCCUUGAAGAGCGCUUGCAGAUGUCCGUCGCAGCCGGGCUGUACUUGCUCGGGGUCUUGAUCUUUGCUUUCCCGCCACUUGUGGAAUGGCGGCUGGUUGUGGGCUACAUGUUUGGCAUCAAGGCACAGAUUCUAUUCAUGGCGCCGUUUACUGCAAUCUUUUCCCGCUUGAUUGGCAAUGCCAGAGUUACGAAUUGGCUGACAACUGUACUGUGCCUCGCGCCUGCGCUGGGUGCGGCGGUUGGUACAGCCUGCGCCCCGCUCUUCAUUGACAGAGCGGGCAGCGCCCGUGCUGCGCUGUUGGUAGCCUUGCCGGCUUUGGUUGCUGAUGUUGUGAUAGCUGUUGGCUGGCACGACUUCUCGGCCCACCCGACGGCACAAGCGCGUGGCGUGCUCUUCAGGUCACGGUCAUGCCGCGAGUUCAGUGCUGUACCUUGA